AUGGAGGUUGAGAUCGAUGUUCCAUCGCAUUUCCUAUGCCCGAUCUCCAUGCAACUCAUGAACGAUCCAGUCACGAUAUCAACUGGCAUCACCUACGACCGGCAAAGCAUAGAGAGAUGGUUAUUUACAUGCAGAAGCAGCAGUUGCCCGGUCACAAAACAGGUGUUGUCCGACACCGGUCUAACUCCUAACUACACCCUUCGCCGGUUGAUCCAGUCCUGGUGCACCAUGAACUCACACCAUGGACUCGAUCCUAUCACGACACCAAAAGAGCCAGUAAGCAAGUCCCAUAUCCUAAAUCUCCUCCACGACGCAAGAAGAAACCCACAUAACCAGAUCAAAUGCUUGAGAAGAAUGAGAUCUAUUGCCCAAACGAGCGAUUGUGUGGAGGAUUUGGGUGCGUUUGAGUUCUUGACGAUGGUUAUACUGAAGGAAAAAGAGAGUGGUUCUCUCAGUGAAGAAUGUGAUGAAGCACUAAUCAUUUUUCAUCAUCUUCAAUGCACGGACAUCCAACUACGAAAACUAGUGCAACUUGAGGAUGAAUCCAUAUUCUUUGAUGCAUUAUUGCGCGUAAUGAGGAUCGGAAGAAUCGAGUCUCGAUUACAUGCAAUAAUGUUGUUAAGAAAGCUUUUCAAGGUGGCAGAUCCAGCGCAGAACGCGGGCAUCAAGGGUGAGCUUUUCGAGGAAACAGUUAGAAUCUUAAAAGAUAAUGGUGUUUCCCUACAAACUAUCAAAGCUUCAUUAGAGCUUGUCACAGAGAUCAUCCGUUGGGGAAGAAACCGAAUAAAGGCAGCUGAAGCUGGGAUGGUUUCAGUUCUAAUAGAGCUUCUGAUUGACAACUCCGACAGACGGGUUUGUGAGUUGAUGCUGGUGGCCUUGGAGCAGAUUUGCCGGUGUGCAGAGGGGCGAGCAAAGUUUCUGGAGCAUGCAGCGGGGCUUGCCACGGUUUCCAAGAAAGUAUUGAGGGUUUCUCAUGUGGCAAGUGAUAGGGCAGUGAGAAUAUUGUUUUUGAUUUGUAGGUUCUCUUCAAGUUAUAGGGUUCUUCAGGAGAUGCUAGAAGUGGGUGUGGUUUCAAAGCUGUGUCUAGUGAUUCAAGUGGAUUGUAGUGAGACAACAAAAGAGAGAGUGAAGCAAAUCCUAAACUUGAAUUCAAGGAUUUGGAAGGAGGCUUCUUGUAUUCCUGCUCAUUUGCUUUCAUCUUAUCCUUCAUUAUGA